CCCUGCUCGUUCGCGACUGGCGUACGAUCACUCGCCUGGUAAGUUCAUGUGUGCCAGAAAGUCGUCGCGGCCAGUUUCACCACAGCAGAGUACCGAAGUAAACAAGUUUCUUCUUCGUUUUGAUCUGCUCGCAACAGCGAAGGGAGUCGGUAAAGGAAAUCGGAAGUGCAACACUAAGCAACAACGGAAAUGCUGUCGUUGGAUGCAAAUAUGACAGAGCAUGGUGAAUUUGGUCCCUUCAGCAUUUGGAUUUGUUGCCUGUAUUAAGAAAUACUAUAAGAACAAGCUAGACUGCGGCAAAAAAAAGAAAAACGAUAGCAGAAAUUGUGACUGAUAUUUUCGUAUAAGAUCAAAAAAUAUACCAAAAAUCAGGUCAAAAAUCUGUGGCACUGGAAAGAGUAUAGGCCAGUGUUAUUUUCAAUAUAUUUAAAACAUUUGUUCCUAUAUUUCGUUUAAAUAUGGUUUUUUUAAUGCACUAUAAGCAAAAUUAUUUAAAUUAAUUUGACUUCCAAACGUCGGACACAAGUUUGAACAGAGAACGCAUUUUAUAUAUAAUUUACGUUAUAUGGUUUGAAAUAUGAAACCAUACAAGAAGCUGAAUAUUCUAAAACUGUGUUAAAAUUAUAACAGAGAACGUACGCUCUCUGUUUAAAGACAGCGUGUUUACGAAUUAAACAACGAAAUAAACUGUCAACGUGGAAUAAAUAAAACAACGUUCUGCAAUAUGUCUGAAGAAUUUCGCGCAGUCACAAGGAAAAAAUGGAUUGCACGCAGAUCUAUAAACCCCAGAUUACGAAAGUUAUCGGAACGGUGUAAUGAAAAAGACGAGAAAGAAGUGGAUGUGGAGAUAUUUCUUAAACGCCUGGAACAGUUAUGCACGCAAAUGGUGGGCAGUGAUUAUUUUAUACAGGCAAUGGAGACUGUGGACGAAAGCCUCAAGGCGCUGACGGACAAUGAGAAGAUCUCGCGUCUAGUUUGUUUUGGCAUCGGUCCUUUCUCUCGCAACUUCCAAGCAUUACACCAGCUGGCUUUCAUUAUUUGUACACAACGGCAUUAUAGCAUAGAAGAAGCUAUAUACUUUGACCCAGUAUUUCGUGAGAGUGAAAAACAAAUAUUGCAACGCCUCAAUUGUGCGCUAAUGUCGGAAAAUUGUGAAGCAAAGUAUGCCAUAGAUGAGCGCACACUAUUUUAUCUGCCACAUUGUCCGAAUUGUUUGACCAACAAUUUGCUAUGGAGCAAUUGGCGUCCAAAAUGUAUAAAACAUUUGGUACUUAUAAAUAAUAGUUUUGAAAGUUUGUCGCUUAGCAAACCGGAGCGUUUAUUAAGGUUAGAUUCGGGUUAUAUAUUAGAUGUGCUGCCUUAUGCAAAAGAAUAUCAAUUGGAUGAUGACUACGAGACACACAAUGUUUUUAAUGACUUGUCAGUACAUGUAUUUCCUAUGGCAUCACUACCUGCACCCGAAAAUUCUUUUUGGACGGCAAGAGAAGCACCAACAUAUACUGAUGUUGAAAUGAUCUCUGCCGAGGAAUUCGAAAAACUCAGCCUAACCUAACGCUACUAAUUAAAUUCGUGGUAUAAAUAAGUAAUUUAAGUUAAUAAAUAAUACACAAAUGGUUUUUUAAUAGAAACCAAUCUUAUUUUGCAAAUAAAAUGUCUAAUAUAA